AUUUCAAAAACUAAACGGUUCCUUGACUGGACCUACUUGUGUUUAUUUUUUUUUCGUUUUCUAAAAAAAGCAUAUUUCAACAUUAAUAUUCAGGGAACUAUUUAUUUCUAGAUAUUGUUGAUUGAUUGAUUGAUUGUGAUUGUUGUAAAACAAUAGUUUAGUGAAAAAAUGCCACGAACAAAGAAGCCAGCAAAACACCAAGAAAAAAAAGCAGAGGAAGAUGAAGCUUACAAAAAAUUCAAUAAACUGGUGAUAGACCAGAAGAACAAAAUAGAUCAGAGAACCAACAUGGAGCUGCGAACAUUGGAGAUCACCUUUAAGAUACUGCUCGGGUCCUUAAGCGCAAAGUACUUGCAAAUGACUGUGGGCCAACUGAAAAAUGAACUUCAUCUCAAAGAGGUGACAAACACAAGGAGGACCCGCAACUCGACACGAUCAGCGUCUCAUGAUGAUGGCUAUCUGACGGAGAACUCCUCGCAGGGCUCCGGAGAGAAGGGAACCAAGAAGUUUGCGGUGCCGUCGUCGAGCAGUCGCUGGGCCGGCCGGCGGUCGCGCUCGGCCGACGCGGCCGCCCGCAAGCCGCCCAGCACCGCGGCCAAGGCGAUACAGCGGCGCCGCAGUCGCUCAGUGUACAGAACCCCGGCAUACAACAAGAAUGCAAUGGUUAACUACCCGGCUAUUACUCCUAAGGUGAACCCUCAAACCCCGCUGACGAUACUGCGUCAGCCGAGGCAGGGUGAAAUGGUAGUGUCGAUGUCCGGCUCCCCCGUCAUGGUGCCUUCAGUAUACACAAUGCAACCGGAAGAGAAAGCGAACUGCAACAUCCUACUGCAAGACGGGACAAUGCUGUCUCUCCAACCGAAGCAGCUUCAACAAACCCAAGACUACAUCCCCUACUCCCUCAUGGACUCCAACGUGCUCAAUCAGCUGAAGAUCUUGAGGGAGAACCUGGACAAGGUCGUCAAGUUUGGCGAGAAGAAAGUUGUCAAGUAACACAGUAUAGAAAUGUUUACUUGUUACGGUAACACUACAGAGAUCUGUGGGUGAAGUGCGGGUUCGAAAUUACUUCUCACCAUCGAAUCGAUUCGAAGUGAGACGCAGCGAACCAAUCACAUUGCGCCAUUGUGACGUAAAGACGACAGUCAACGACCUCGGUGGCGCAGUGGUAUAGUGCUUGCCUCUGAACCGAGAGGUCCCGGGUUCGAUCCCCGGUCGGGUCAUGAUGGAAAAUGAUCUUUUCUGAUUGGCCCCGAUCUUGGAUGUUUAUCAUAAAUCUAUCAUCAUAUUUGUUAUAAAAUAUAGUAUCGUUGAGUUAGUAUCCCAUAACACAAGUCUCGAACUUACCUUGGUGCUAACUCAAUCUGUGUGAUUUGUCCUAAUAUAUUUAAAGACAACCAACCACACCGCAAUGUGAUUGGUCCGCUGCGUCUCACCUCGUAUCGAUUCGAUGGUGAGAAGUGAAGUGCAAACCAGCACUAACCGCUCUGAUGAAGUGUCUUAAAGGCUUUUUUAUGUGGCAGUUUCGUCAAAUGUUAGAUUUAAGUGGCCGUUCAUUAAUCGCGUGAUGAAUUUUUUAGCAUUUUCAAAUCUGGCUUAGGUUUUAUCGCUGUACGAUGUUUAGAACUCGCGAUAUUGACAAUAUCAAGUUAUAAGAUAUAAACGCGAGAUAAACGCAGACGAAACAUUGUUUUUAAUUACUUCCCUUUUUAAUUUAACCCCCGACGUAAAAAGAGGGGUUGUUAUGAGUAGUAAUUUGUAGCUUGUGAGAAAUAACUAUAAAUAUAAAAAUUGACGAGAAAAAGUGCCUGUGAAGGUACUAAUUUCUUGAGUUUAAAUUAUUUGAGUUUGACCGCUAAGCUGUCUGUGUAUGUGUGGCAGCGUAGCACACCAACAGGUGAACCGAUUUGGAUAGCAAAUUUUUAUGCGGUGGCUCUUUGAUAUGUUUGAUCAAAAUCGGUUCAGCUGUUGAAAAGUUGAAGCGAAAUGAUUAAUAAAAGUCGGGGGUUAUUUAAUUUGUCUAAAAAAUAAACUAGUAACCUCCGACGAUAGAAUGAAGAGAGUUAUAAUUUUAACAUGUCUGUGUAUCUGUAUGUCUGUGAGUGGCAUCGUAUCAGCCAAACGAUUGAACCGAUUUUAAUCUAGAUUCUUAGCAUUAGCUUUGACUUAAAGGCGUUAUGUGUGUUUAAUUCCACGUAAUGACCACGACCCUCAGCCAUGAGGAAUACGACUAUGAAGAUUCUCAACCUUGACCUUGACAAAAUCAUCGCGUUUCGUCGAACGAUGGAGCCAUAACACAAGAAAGUACACAGUUACUUACAUUAAAUGUCAAAACCUAUAGAAAACAACAGAGCCGCAACGUGCAACUCUAAAAUGUAACUUUAAGACACUUUAUCAGUACUGUGGCUUGUAUUACUUAGUUUAAUAUUGACUGAAGUGUGAAUGUAUACUUGAUUAUGUAUUAUCUCAAUUAUUAAUGUUAUGGCUGAUAAUGUGUUGUGUUUGUCUAUAUAGUAUUAAACUGUGGACCAAGAA